AUGUUAUUGGAAUUCAACUCCCAUCUUCUUGACUGUUGGGCCAUACUGGCCAGGGCUGAUGGGUCUCACAGCAGUUGGAAGGCCGCAGGUCUCCCCCCCCCCUUUUCACCAUCACAGUUGGAAAAACUAGAUGACUUCCCCCCAACCAGAAGCCUGCCAUUCUUAGAAUCUCCUUAUCCACAACACAUCCAACCCACCUUAGUUGAAACAUGUAUGGGAUGCACUUUAAAUGUACAGUGUAGAUUUGCCCUAAGACUGUGUGAAAUUGAUUUGCCAGGCUGUCGGCGUGCAAAGAAAUUGGGUGCAGAGUUCUGCAUCUUGAAAAUCUCAGGGAUAACUGCUUCCAUUCGAAAACACCAGCGGUGUGAGAGUUUCUAG